UAGCACAAUACGGACAGCCAAUCCCGCUCGGCUCGACUCCCAAGUAUACCUGGAGAUUUUAGACACGAAUAAAAACUAUGUCUGUACUGAGAAGACCUGACGGAACCAUGACAGGUACCGAGUGAAGAAUUAAUAACGGAAUAUCAAGAAAAGAACACUGCGUGUGUUCCGGAGGCGUUCGCUGUUCGAGUGAGCACCUUUUGGUUCGGAGCGCACACAUACGCACGCAUCUGAGCAGCGAUGGGCGCUUGGACGCUGCUGCUGUGCCUACUCGCCAUUGUGAGAGGCAGCCUGGGGGCGGACACUGAAGAGCGGCUGGUGGAGCACCUGCUAAACCCCGCCCACUAUAACAAACUGAUCCGCCCAGCGACCAAUGGCUCUGAGCUGGUGACGGUUCAGCUGAUGGUGUCACUGGCCCAGCUCAUCAGUGUGCACGAGAGAGAGCAGGUCAUGACCACCAACGUAUGGCUCACACAGGAAUGGCAGGACUACCGUCUGACGUGGGUCCCUGAGGAGUUUGAUGGCAUGGAGAAGGUCAGACUGCCUUCCAAACACAUCUGGCUGCCCGACGUUGUGCUGUAUAACAAUGCUGACGGUAUGUACGAGGUCUCCUUCUACUCCAACGCGGUGGUCUCCCAUGACGGCAGUAUCUUCUGGCUGCCUCCAGCCAUCUACAAGUCAGCCUGUAAGAUCGAGGUCAAACACUUCCCCUUUGACCAGCAGAACUGCACCAUGAGGUUCCGCUCCUGGACCUACGACCGCACAGAGAUCGACCUGAUCCUGAGGUCCGACGUGGCCAGCAUGGACGACUUCACACCCAGCGGAGAGUGGGACAUCAUCGCCCUGCCGGGGCGCCGCAACGAGAACCCUGCCGACCCCACCUACGUAGACAUCACCUAUGACUUCAUCAUCCGCAGGAAACCUCUGUUCUAUACCAUCAACCUCAUCAUCCCCUGUGUCCUCAUCACCUCUCUGGCCAUCUUAGUGUUCUAUCUGCCCUCUGACUGUGGAGAGAAGAUGACCCUGUGUAUCUCUGUCCUGCUGGCCCUCACUGUGUUCCUCCUGCUGAUCUCUAAGAUCGUCCCGCCCACCUCCCUGGAUGUUCCUCUGGUCGGGAAGUACCUGAUGUUCACCAUGGUCCUGGUGACCUUCUCUAUUGUCACCAGUGUGUGUGUUCUCAACGUGCACCACCGCUCGCCCACCACACACACCAUGCCCCCCUGGGUCAAGCUGGUGUUCCUCAACAAAUUGCCUGCACUGCUCUUCAUGCGCCAGCCCCGGAACAGCUGCGAACGUCAGAAGCUGCGCCAGCGACGGAGGGGCCAGGAGCAGAGGGAGGGGGGCAGGGAUGGGGGCUCCGCCGGGGGGCUGAUGGUGGGCCUGGGGCUGGGGGGCGGAGGGGGUGGCACGGAUAACAACGAACCCUGUACGUGUUACGUGAACCGGGCGUCGGUGAAACAGUUUGUAGGGGAGCUGGGAGGGGGAGGAGGGGGAGGGGGGUCGAUGGAGGGGCUGAACGGGCUGAGGGAAGGCAGGGAGGGGGGGCAGGGGAACCGGCCCAGGGGGAAACAAGUAGGAGGGGGCCCAGCCCUGACCCAGGCCGUGCUAGGACAAGCCUGCCCUGGGUUGGAGGAGGCUGUCGACGGGGUCCGCUUCAUCGCCAACCACAUGAAGACUGAAGACGACGACCAGAGCGUGAGCGAGGACUGGAAGUAUGUUGCCAUGGUGAUCGACCGUCUCUUCCUGUGGAUCUUUAUAAUUGUGUGUGUGUCCGGAACGGUCGGGAUGUUCCUCCAGCCACUGUUCCAGAACUACACUGCCAAGACCAUCACCAACACCAAUGGCUGACCAACCAGGUGCCCAGCAGCAUCGAUGGACACCGCCCCGACCCAAUCAGCACAGCAGGACAGGGGCAGGAGGGAGGGACCUGCCCAGCAGGGGAAGUGGGUUUUAUUAAGUCUGUGGAACUAAAUUGGACAGGAGCCACACCUGUUAACCUUUAUAGCCUUUCUACUGAACUAUUCUGAACUGAAGAACUAAACUUAACACCAACAUCGUAUUAAAGAUAGUUCUUUUUCCAGAGGAGGGAUAAAUGGAUGGACAACUCUUCCCUUUUUCCCAGAGGAAGGUGGAGUUAUCCCUCUCCUCUCUCCCUCUGAGUGAUAAGUGGCAGAAGCCAAUCAGGGAGAGAGGACGAUCUCUAAAUUGUUUGACAUCCUGUAGAACGCUACGCCAGCCAAUCAAUGCUCUUCAUUCCAAGCUGACUGUGCAAGCUUACUGAGAGUAUAUCGUCACACCUUCAACGGGUACAGAACUUAAUGCUUCAGUAACAGAAUCUUGAUUGGAAACUGUGUCAACCAAUCAGAAAAAUGUAAAGGCAAGUGGGGGGUUGUCAAGGUUAAUAAUUGUUUUUCCAAGCCACUUCUGUUAAGCCAACUGAUAGUACAGUACAGUAUAUUUUACCAUAGCAUAGCAGUGUACCACAGUAUAGCUUUGAGUAUAAUAUUAUUGUGAUUUCUCUGUGUCUGUUCCUGAUAGAAAGGUAGGGUGCAGUGGUUUGUUGUAUGAUUCUCUACGCUUUUAAACCAGAAUGUGAUAUUAGCUGUACUACACAGCCUGCGACGUGCACGCUAACACUAUAUGUGUAGAAGAGACAGAUCG